UCUCUCUCUAAAAUAAAAUCGUCGAACCAGUGCAGGUGUCUCGCUCACUCUCUCUCUCUCUCUAAAAUAAAAUCGUCGAACCAGUGCAGGUGUCUCGCUCACUCUCUCUCUAAAAUCAUCGAGGUAUGUGGAGAUACAGCCUUCUCAGAGCUUCUUCCAUUAGAAGCCAAUGGCUCAACAGGGCAAACCCCAAAACCCUAGCAUCUACCUCUGCAUUAUCGUCAUGCCUUGAGGUAUAUACAAAUCAUAGAAAAAAUCAUGGAAAUCCUAGUUUCAUGUCAAGAGAAUCUCAUAGUGUUGCUGAAACCAGUAGUUAUGAUGGCGGAAACCCUAGUUUUUCUUCAAAUGUAUCAGAUGGCAGUAGCUUUAAUGGUGAAACCAGUAAAAAUGGCAAUGACGGCCAUGGAAGCCCUAGAUUUUUCUCGGAAGGAUUCCAUGGCAUCAGCAUUGAAAAUAGUGAUGAUGAAAGUCCAAAAGUUGGUGGAUUUUUUCCAGAAGAAUCAUGUGGUGAUGAAAAUCCCGGUAGGACUGAUUCUUUCUCAGAAGAAUCCCAUGUUGAUGAUGCCUUGGCGGCUGAUGAUGAAAAUCCUAACCCUGAUUUUGAAUCAAAAGUUGAAACCCGAGAUAGUAUAGAUAUCAAUACGGAGGAGCUUCAGAGUGUGCUUUCAGUUCUUCAGAGUAGCUUAGAAGGGUCUUUGGAGUCAAAACUAGAUGAGAUGAAUCUCACACUUAGUGACAAAUUUGUUGCUAUAGUAAUAGGUGAUCCUCAUGUUUUGGGUGAGAAUUUGAUUGGGUUUUUCAAAUGGGCUAACAAGCAGUCUGAUUUCUCACCAAGUAUCAGGGUUAUGAAUUCACUGGUUCAAAAUAUCAGUCAAAAGCGAAGGGAAAGAGAUGCACAUUCGUUAUGGAAUUUUAUCAAGGAAAUUGCAGAAAAGGACCAGAAACUGGUAAACACUGAAAUUCUCAAUGAACUCAUCUGCUUCUUUAGAGCUCUGGGCAAAGCUAAGGCUGGCUUGGAAGUGUUCAAAAAGUUUCGGGAUUUUGGAUGCGGUUAUAAUGCAGAUUCGUAUUUUUCUACUAUAGAAUUGCUUUGUUGUAGACGCAUGUUUGAUGAUGCUUGGUCUAUUUGUGAAGAAAUGCUUAAUUCAGGCUACUUACCAAGUAGUGCAAAGCUUGGAAAGUUAAUGGCUUGUUUUUGUAAAGGGGAGAGGGCUAAAGAUGCCCACUUGAUUUAUUUGAUGUCAAAGGAAAAGAAAGAGUUCCCUCCUAUUUCUUCUGUGCACUUUCUGAUAAGUUCUCUUAGCAAAGUCAAUGAAACAGUGAAUUUAGCUUCUGAAAUAUUAGAAGACUACCCCAUAGAAGUGCGUAAAAAGGCCAUUAAACCCUUUUCUUCAGUAGUUCGAGGGUUGUGUAGGAUUGGCGACAUGGAAAAUGCAAAGAUUUUGUUAUUCAAUAUGAUAGAUGGGGGGCCACCGCCUGGAAAUGCAGUGUUUAAUUUCAUUAUAAACGGGUAUUCAAAAUCAGGAAAGCCAGAUGAAGCCAUAGAGCUACUGAAUCUUAUAGAAAACAGGGGGCUUAGGCCUGAUGUUUACAGUUACAGUGUGAUUAUGAGCAGUCUAGUUAGGAGUGGGAGGUUGGACGAUGCCUGUAAUUUGCUCAAUGAAGCUAAGAAAAGACACUCUGUUUUGACUCCUGUUACUUACCAUAUACUUAUACGGGCAUAUUGUAAUGAUGGGGAUUUUGAGAAGGCUAUUUCUUUUCUCGAUGAGAUGAAAGAAAAUGGGGUGCACCCAAAUGUCGAUGAGUAUAAUAAGUUGAUUCAGUCCCUGUGUCUUAACGCUUUAGAUUGGCGAACUGCACAGAAAUUGUUAGAAGAGAUGACUAAAGCAGGGUUGUAUCCUAAUGCGAUCACACGUAGUUUGAUCUCAGCAGUCAAAGAAUUAGAAGAAGAGGAAUUAGCAUCAGGAGGUCACAUUGAAGGGCAGGAGAUUGCAGAAAGUGGCUGAUGAGGCUGAUCAAGGUUAGUAUAUGCUUAUGGAACUGAAUUGGUGAAUGGUAGUCACUAAUGUGCAAGAAGUUGGAAGUAGUUUUGGAAAAGUAGAAACAACCGUCACUAGAAACAGACUGAAUGCUUUGUCACAGCUAAGCAUCAAUGCAGGGUUGUGGAUUUUGAAGUACUGCUCAUUGUAACAAUCAACAAACGAUUUUUGUUCUCUCCGCUAAAAUUUUGUAGAGAAGCAUUUUAAUAUUCAUUAUGUUGCAAUGAUGUGAUCACAGUGCCGGUAUAGAGUCCCAAGUUUGAUGGUUCAGAAGCAAUUCUUCGAACACCCUCUCUUGUUUGAGAAUCUGCGUAUGACUGUUGAGAUUCUGUUGCUGCAAUUGUUUGAAUUAUCUAUAUCUUAAUUUUAUUCUUGGAUUUUGGUGUUUU